AUGGAUUCGGAUUCGGAUUCAAUGCACUCUGCUGUUACUCGCGACGACACCACGCCCCUCACAGAAUCAGAGUGGCUCUCAAUGCAGAAAAGAAUCGCGAGGCUCGUCGGAAAGGCCAGCGCCUCCAACGUGGCGUUGGUGGCCGAUCAAAUCCUGGCCGAGAACAUCGUCGCCGCCAGAGGCUUCUUCUGUCAAACGCUGAUCAAACUGCAGUCGGAAUCCCCCGACUCCACCGACGUCCACGCCGCGCUGGCCGCAAUAAUCAACUCCAGAUUCCCCCAAGUCGGACACCUGCUCGUCAAGAGAGCCGUGCUGCAGUUCAAGGCCGCGCACGGCCGCCGGGACAGGGACCGGAUGCAGACCGCCUCGGCGUUCCUGGCGCAGCUCGUGAACCAGAGGGUCGUCUACGAGCACCUGGCGCUGAACGUGCUGAUGCUCCUCCUGAGCUCCGACGAUGAUGUUGAGGUGGCCGCGAGCUUCUGCGCGCAGUGCGGCGCGUUGCUGCUGGACGUCGUCCGGGAUAAACUCAAGGAGAUUCUGGCAGAGUCUUGA